AGUCAGACGACAAUGAAGUGACACUUGAUCACAUUGCCACACUUUCAAACACGGUAGUGUUAACUGUAAAUCGUGGCCCUUAGAGAACAGCCAUGGAGCACAUAAAGGACGGGUGGUUUACGGAGUCGUGCGCGCUGUGGCCAGGGCAGGCGCUGAGCCUCCAGGUGGAGGAGGUUCUCUACCAGAAGAAAUCCGAUUUUCAAGACAUCAUGGUCUUCAAGAGUAAAACCUACGGGAACGUCCUGGUGCUGGAUGGGGUGAUCCAGUGCACCGAGAGAGACGAGUUCGCCUACCAGGAGAUGAUCGCAAACCUCCCCCUGUGCAGCCACCCAUCCCCCAAGAAGGUGCUGAUCAUUGGCGGUGGAGAUGGCGGCGUGCUGAGGGAAGUCGUGAAGAGUUCCCUGGUGGAGUCGGUUGUUCUGUGUGAGAUAGACGAGGAAGUCAUUAAUGCAUCGAAGAAGUUCCUCCCAGGGAUGGCCAGUGGGUUUUACAGUCCCAAGCUCAUCCUCCACAUUGGAGACGGCUUUGAAUUCAUGAAGAAGAAUCAGGAUGCCUUUGACAUCAUUAUAACCGAUUCCUCAGACCCUGUUGGACCUGCUGAGAGUUUGUUCAAGGAGUCUUACUAUCAGCUGAUGAAGACCGCGUUGAGAAACGGUGGAAUUCUAUGUUCCCAGGGAGAGUGUCAAUGGCUCCAUUUGGAGCUGAUAAAGGAGAUGCGAACCUUCUGCAAGACCCUAUUCCCUGUGGUAGACUAUGCCUACAGCACCAUCCCCACUUAUCCCAGUGGCCAAAUUGGAUUCAUGCUCUGUAGUAAAAAUCCUGAAACAAAUUUCUUGAAGCCAAUGAGAGAGCUGUCAAAAGAAGAAAGGAAAUCUAUGAACCUUAAAUAUUACAACCCAGAAAUUCACAAAGCAUCAUUCAUCCUACCUGAGUUUGCAAAGAAGGUACUCAAUGAAGCAUAACCAGCAAAAAACGGACCCUGUUAAUCCUUCACCUGGCCCUCAGACCAGAUUCCUCUUCACCUGCUCAACACAGUUCAACACCACUGAAGAGAGAAGCCUCCGUACAGCUGAGGGCGCAUAACAACAACAACAACAACAACAACAACAAUCAUCAGUGUGUGGAAACUUCCUGAGUUAUACAGUGAGAAGUGUUUGUUUGUUUCCUUUCAUCUCACACGCUCUUGGUGUUUUUAUUAUUUUACUGAUGAAGAUUUUUCUCCUGUCGCUAUCUGCAUUAUGUGAAAGGCAAUUUAAUGGACUGGGCUGAGUGAGAAGAGCGUUGCCGUCAACCCUGAACUCAAUAUGAAACUGCACUGUAUCGGGUUCACUGCAUCCACACAUUAUGUAAUGAAUUUGCUUACCACAAAGUACAUUGUUGUACUUUUAUUUGUGAUGUUAAAUAUCAGUUUAUGGUCAUAGGAAAACCCAGUCGCCAAAUGCUGUAAGCACAUACUCGCAUUAAUGUGUCCUCCACACUAAAACCCUAUAGUGCCUAAAAUUGUUUUGUUGGUUGGUUGGGGGGGUCUUGUAAAGUGUGCCAUGCACAUAGUGGCCUAGAAGAACGCUCAUGUCAGUAGAGAAAAAUGUCCCUUUUAUCAAUGUUAAGAGUGAAUGAAUUUGCUUAGCUCUGACCAUCAAAAAUAAAAAAUUUGGGUGGGAUUUGAUACAGCAUUUGAGUUUUGCAAUGCGAAGAAUUUAAUCUUGAGGUGAAUUCAUUAUGCAUGUGUGUAUUUGCAGUAUAAGGAAGGCUUGUAGUGCUGUAAGCCUGUGUGCUGAAAUGAUAGUCUAACACUUUCACGUUCCCGUAUUAAUGAAGUCCACAUGGAAUCGCUUGAGAAAUAUCCAGGCAAUGAAUUUCUGAUUUAUUUUUUGUAAUACGGUAAUAAAUUGGUAACAUAGGAAGGUUA